CGGCCGGGAAUCAAACCCAGGACCUUCUUACUGCAAGGCAACAAUGCUACCAACUGCGCCACUGUGCAGCAUGUCAUUGCUGAAUGACAUUUUGCUUUCCACUAACUCUUGUUGCUGCCUGCACUCCUCCUCAAACACUGUGGGAGGGGCAGUUAAUGACAGUGGUUCUUGUUUCAAGUAUCUGCAGUCAUUUAUGUUUUAAUCUUGGUUUGUGCUCUCAGCUCAACAGACAAAGUUUGAGAGGAUUUAAAAGCUCGGCUUUCUGGGAAAGAUGUGUCUUUACACAAACAAAAUAUUAAUAUUGCUUCUUCUCUGCCAGGCUUCAUCAUCAGUCAAAAAUUCAUUGACGAUUUUUGCCAUUAUUUCGACUGGGAUCAAAAAUCUUCCAGAUCUGUUUACAAUCGUAAUUGACGACAUCCAAGUGGAUUACUAUGACGGCAAUGGAAUUAGAAAACAAAGCUCAAAUCUCUGGAAGAACAUAUCAGAUUCCUAUCAGUCGCCGAUAUUCUCUAAAGAAGUAUUAAACUCUCUGGAUGUUGGUUUUACUGAAUACUUAAUCAGGCUGGGGACCUUAAAUCCAGAUGAAGGUACUGUGCAGAUAGUUCACAUAAUAAAUGUUAAAUACUUUUUUUUAACAAACUACUAUAAUUUUUUGCUCUCUGUCUUAGCUGUUCAUGUUUUACAGUGUAUGAUCGGCUGUGAACUGGAUGAAAAGUCUGCUGAAGUUGUCACUUUUCAGCAGUGUGGCUACAAUGGAGAAGAUUUUAUGAAACUAUACUCCAAAAAUAUGACGUGGACUGCCCAACAUCCUUUGGCUGAAAAGUUAAAACCGCUGUGGGACUCUGCCCAGGAAGGAUUAAACAACAUAACACUGUUUUUGACACUGAUUUGCCCUCAAAUGCUAGAAAAGUUUGUGACUCUUAGUGCUCUGCAGAGAGAAGACCUCACUUCUGUCGCUCUCCUCCAGAAGACCCCUUCCUCUCCUGUCAACUGUUUUGCCACAGGUUUCUACCCAAACGCAGCUCGGAUGUUCUGGAUGAGAGAUGGAAUGGAGAUUCAAAAUGAUAAGGAGCCCAGUGAGAUCCUCCCGAACCACGAUAACACUUACCAGAUGAGUGUUUACCUGAAUGUUUCGUCAAUUGCAUCUGACGAUUGGAAGAGAUAUGACUGUGUGUUUAGGCUUGGUAAUAAAACCAAACUAACCAGACUGGAAAAAGCAGCAAUCAGUACCAACUGGGUUUUAGAUCCAGUGCCUCCAUCCACUUCUCCUUCCCCUUCCUCCAAGUUUCCUCUUGAUUUGGCCACUGGACUUGUUGUCGGAUUGAUUCUGUUGUGCUUCUGCAUAACUGGACUCUUUCUUUGGAAAAAUGUCAACAGCGCUUCAAAAUUUCCUGACCCAAGUUCAUAUCCCACCUAUCCAGGAACCAUUCAAAAUUGUCAGCAUAAUUUUGAAAUACAAUAAGUUUAUGAUUGAAAUCUGCUUUGUGAGUGGGAUCUAAAGGAUAGACACAACAAAAACUAUUAUAAAACCAACAUUACUUGUGACUGAUUUUCUAUCAGUCACAAGUAUGUGAGCAAUUAAAUUGACAGGUAGGUUAAUUGGACGUGGCAAGAGUUAGAUUAAUAUAUUGUCUUAACUUUUGUAUAAACUGAAAUAAAAGCAAUAUUUUAAUGAGGAAAACAUGCCGUUUUUAUCUAUCUUGCUUGGCAGUUCCAAACUUUAAGUUCUGUUUAUUCUUGUACUGUAUAUUUUGCAUGAUAUGAUUUCCUUGAAAUAAGUUGUUUUGCAUGACAAUUUGUCAGAUCAUUGUAUAACUUGAAUGAUGAACAAUGUCCUAAUCAAUUAACUUCUUCCUGCUUUCUAUUUUGUUGUGCCUGUUUAAUGAAUUAUUAAAGGAUAUGUUUUAUUGUAAUAGUUUGUUUCUUGUUCUUGAGCUCUUUUACUAGAGUGUAAACAUCAAAAUUACUAACUACAUUUUAACCAUAAAUAAUUUAUUCUGUUUGUUAAAACUUAUGUUGAACAGUUUAUAGAAAUGGAGUGGACAGGCAGAAAAAAAAAUGCUAAAUGUUCUGCUGUAAGCUUCUACUAACCUAAGCAACAAGCAGCCUUGGUAAAGCAUCCCAAAGACAAAUGGACUGAUGUUUGUGAGGGAUUUUAAAAUGUUAAUAAAUCUCCAGUAUGAGUAACAGAAGUACUGAUACAGUAACAGUACUUCUGUUACUAAACAGACUGGAUGGCAUGAGAUAAUGUUAUCUAUUUUAAUAUUUAAAACACAAUGAUAACUCUCACACUGAGCUUUUGUGGUUUGAGCUCCAAUAUCGAGAUGCCCUUCCCCCACCUUGAACCGCACGACAUGUUCACUUUGUGAAUCAGAACUGAUGCAGAACAUUCAACUACAGACAACUCCAUGGGAUGGCAAAACACACAGUUCUUUGUUGCUGAUUUACUUAUGAGUGAAGAAAUUAGAGGCCAAUAUGGCUAAUAAUACAAUUUCUGAGUAUCUGUAACAAAUGUUGGACCCAGACUAAAGCCGACAAUUCGCCCAGACUCUAUUCAGAACCAAUGACAACCUACACUUCUGAUUCUAGUUGUUCACCAAAUAAAGAAACAGCUAUUAUGAGUGAUGUUUCAUUGUGUGACUCUACUGAUUUUCUAAAAAUUACCCUUUUGAAGAAACAGAUACUUGGAAACUAACAGGGAAAUACCUAAUCAAACUUGUCCUUUUUUAGAAACCAAAUACUAUUAGUUGGCCUACAAGGGAGUGUCAAAACCUGUUCUGGUUCAAUUUAACUUCCUGGUGCAAGUGAUCUUAUCAUUGUCAUAGCUUCUAGUUUUACUUGGGGAUUCCUGGUUUAGUUUUUUUUUGUUUGUUUUGCUUCUUUGUUCCUGAUUUUUUUGUUUUGUGAUUUUGC